AUGUCGGUCGCCGAAGCGCUCUUGCGGACCCUUGUCCCCUUCCCGAAGUUACUCAUUGCCAUUGCCAAACGAUGUUCCUCUGCAACAUCAAAUUUGCUGCGAUACCUCUUUUCGUUGUGGAACGCAUCAGCUCAGAAGUGGAAACGAGAACAUUCGUUGGAAGACGACGCAGAUCCCUCGAGAUUGCCUGGCAUAGGUGCAGAGGCGGGUGCCAGCGUCGAGAGUGCUACGACAUUAUGCUCCGAGGAUGAAGGUUCGGCCUCGGGUCGCAGACUUUUGCCAUAUGGAACUGAGACACCCGCAGCUAUGCUGUCUGCCGAGGGUAGAGGUUCCAACUUGAGCAUUCCGCAACCCAGCGGCAGCGCACCUCCUAUCAGCACAGUGCUAUUACUGUUAGAUCUAUGGUUCUGGUUUAUCUCAUUCGACCGUCCCGGGUUUAUCAAACGCUCCCUUAGAGCUACACGGAGUCAUCAUCACACGGACGGCAAGGAGUGGAUAGUUUUCUCGCAGAAGUUUCAAAACGACGUCGACAACGUCACUCUGCUUGCUACCGUCCUGCUGAGCGGCAAUCCCAGUUUUUUGAGUCUUAUCGCCCAGAAUGGGUUGUCGUACUCGCCUGAACGGCUUAGUUACUCGUCCCUCUUGUCUGCGUUGGGAAGUAUCUGGGUGGGACUGGCGGUUCAUACACCGAGAUUCUUGCCAGACUUCUCGAUAUUUUGUUUCGAAGUUAUGGUAUGCAUACCAGCGCUCCCAUCCGUUCUCUUCCUAUAUAGCACCAAUACAGUGACGGAAGAGGAGUUAUUCGAGAUCUAUCACAAUAACGUAGGAUUGAGUGUUUACGAGGACUAUCCCCCCGUUAUCUCGCGCUUCUUCGAGCCCACAUGCAACAAGUCCUCGGUGGAGAACCUGAUGGCGCCUGGUCUUCCCGUCUUUAUUGCACACUCCUCGGGUACCUCGGGCGGCGCAGCAAAGUACUUGCCCAAAUACCGUCACCCAGACCACAUGUCAAGGGCGAUGACUGAGACAGUCCGACUUGCGAACCCGCAGAGCAAGAACGGCACCGGCAAGAACUGUAUCAUAUUUUCCCUUGCAUACCGUCAGGUCGUAACUCCUCUUGAUGAGGAUGGAGACAUGGCCAAACACAUACCCGUUUUCUUGCUGACGAGCGGUUUGGGCCGCAUAGAAAAUAAUAUGCCUGUGGAAAGAGAUGAUUUCGCUGCCACUCUAAAGAUUCCUAACUACUCGUCGCCCAUCGCCGUCUCCUUCAUCUCCAACUACAAAUCGUUCCUCUUCAUGCAUGCUCUCUUUGCAUUGGUGGAACCCAAACUCGAGACCAUCAACAGCAUGUCCACGACUUCAUGCCGGGAUUUAUGUCGCACGGUUGACGAUCAUUGGGACAAUCUCAUUCACUGCAUCGAAACGGGCGUCAUACCAGAUGUAGACGGAAUCGAAGGCGUGAAGGAUAAUCUUCAGCGUUUCCUUCAGCCCAACCCAGAUCGUGCCGAGGAGUUGCGCAAGAUUGGCAAAGCAACUGAUACCCCUGGAUGGUUCAGACAGAUUUGGCCACAGUUGCGCGCGAUUCUGGCAAAUGCCAGUGGCCCAUUUGCCACAGUCGUCCCAGAGAUCCGGCAUUACAUUGGUCCCGAGGUAUCUGUGAAGACGUUGGCCAUUGCUAGUAGCGAGGCGUAUUUGGCUGUGGCGUAUGGUCCAAGAGACCUUAACCUAUACAAGGUUGUCGGUUCCGACGACGUCAUCGAGUUCCUACCUGUGGACGACCCAGAGGAAUCCAAAUACCUCGCUCAGUCGUGGAACGUCGAAUCGGGAAAGAAAUACGAAGUAGUCCUGACAACGAGAGAUGGAUUCUGGCGCUAUCGCCUUGGCGAUGUCGUUGAGAUCGUGGUAUUCGAUCCUCGCGGGACAACCCCUUAUCAGCGGCGAAACAUGCACAUCCACCUUGCAAACGAGGUGACAACAGAAACGCAGCUGCGCCAAGUCGUCGAUGCAACGUCAGACUUGCUUGGAAGAGUUUCAGAGUUCUGCGUUUCCUCUGACUACCGUCAGGCUGUUGCUCGGUAUGCAUUCACUGUAGAAUUACAAGGAAAUGCUGGUGGGUCUCGGGAUAUUCUUUGGGGAGACGCACCCUCCAGGCUCGAGCGCAGCCUGAUAAAACCAAAGUUUCUUCCAGGCGUAAACAUUUCUGUGGUACCUGAUGCCUUGCAUGACCAACUGCAGAAACACAAUGAGAAUUACCUGAAAGAUAGUCGAAUAGGAAAAAUCGGCAUACCCUGCGUUCGGGUGGUUCGACCUGGGACAUUCAGCGACUUCAGAGAAUGGAAGGUCAGGACGAAGGGUGCUGCCUCUGGACAGGUUAAGGUGCCUGUUGUGAUCUGGGGCGAGGCCGACCGUGCAUGGUUGGAAGGACGGCCAGGUGGCGAACGUCUGCGACCCGAGGCUGAGCCUUCAGCCUCAGAGCAUAAUAUCGUAGCACUCUCGACGCUGGCACCCGCCUCCCCACUAACGUCGGGCGAUCUCGAGGGAUCUGCGUUAUCGUCCAACGAAUGUUCUCGGUUCCACUUCUGA